GUACUGGAUCCGUGUCGUGGCGGUGAAACCUGGACAAAGUGCGCAGAGAUCGGUGGGAAUGGCUUCUACAAGAAAAUCCAGCCAUCCCACGCACAAUAUUUUUGAUUUUAGUGAUAUCUUCUUAGAAGAUUCAAAGAUUCAAGAGAUCAGAAACUUGCAAGUCAGAAGUCAUGCCCAAGGAGUACCUGAUCAAAGCAGAUUUCUAAAAAGAAACCAAACUAUGGAUAAUAAAUACUUGACCUCCAAAGUAGAUUGUGUCCCAGCGAGGCUGAGCUCUUGUGGGGCCCCCACCACUACCUCGAAGAUCAGGGCCAGUGCUGCACUUAUGAAGCUGGCCCAGAUUGAAACUAAGAUCAAGAAUCGGAAGAAGGCAUGCACAACUCUGUCUGACACUGAGUCUGACUCACAGACCAUGGAUGAGAAUCUUCUAGAGGGAACAAAUAGAAUAGCCGUUCACAGUACAGCUGUCUGCUCUUCACAGCACACCCACAGAACUUUCCUGAAACAAGCUCGCGAAAUCCCCAUCACCAAGAGCAAUAUGGCAAGCGGGAAAGUCAGUAGGUUUCUAAAGAAGAAGGAGCCACCAGUUGAAAAUGCAUCCCCAGAUACACACAUUGAGAAAGUAAACAAUGUUCAAACACCAAGACAGAAGGAACCUGCUAGAAAAUUUGAUUUUGAUUUUCCAGACAGUGAUGAAGAGGAAAUGAAAGAGUUGCUAGGAAGCUUGCUGGAAUCUUCUAGAGAAAAAGAAAAGUUUAUGAAUCAAGAGUUAGUCAGCACUAAGGAUGAGAUACCAACUCAGCCGAGAGUCCUUUCUGUCCUUAGUGUGGAACUUUCCAGCUCAGAGCCUUCUCAGCGGACACUGUGCUUGUUGGCCUCACAGACAGCACCCAGGACCCGUCAUAGCACUCGCUCAAGAGCUUGUUCACCACAGGACACGGUAUCCUGCGCAUCCUCACUUUACAUCUCAGACAACUUUUCGAAAUCAGUGUCUUCUAAGAUGGGGUGCAUCAGGCUGGCAUCCUCCCAGAGCAAGAAUGAGGUGGGGCCUUCGGGGGAACCUGUCUCAGAAGUUGCUGAUGACAGCCUAGAUGAUUUUAGAGUUAAUGUUUUGUCCCUUGAUGAUCUGGUUCCAGCUAUCACUGAGAAAGACAUGGAACAGAAAGAAGAAGAUGCUGGAAGGAAAGGACUAUCAGGCAAAAGCUUCCCAGCCAAGUCACCAGCCAGGUUGGAGGCACAGAAACCUUCCCCACCUAGGAACUCCGCAUUUCAGGGCAAAUCAACAUCACUAGUUGGGGACAAGAGCCUCACUACCCCAAGUGAGGUCUCAGAACACCUGAGUGCCAGCUCAGCCUCUGCCAGCCAGCCACACAGUGUGUCCAGCAUGGACUCAGCUGAGGUUCCCAUGAUGCACACAGCCAUCCCUACUUACUCUGAGGACUUUAAACACUCAUUAACUCCCAUGACAUCUGAGUCAACUACUUCUUCCUUUGAGUCUCUAGACAGGACACUGGAUGCUUUGUCCCAGUUUAGUCUGAAGACAGACCUCCUCAAGCCGUCCCUGUCUAGGACAAAGAGGGGUCAGGACAUCACAAGAAUCAUCAUGAAGGAGACUGCUGUACAGACCCUGGACCCUACUUUUGCAUACCAGUGGAGUACUGCUGGUGGAGUGGCGACUAUGGGGCCUGCCCUGGGAGGCACCUAUGUGGACCCGGUGCCCAUUGCCAGUCAUUUCAUCAGUGCAGAUGCCAUAGAAGCCCUGACAGCCUAUAGCCCAGCCAUGUUGGCGCUUAACGACAUGCUGAAGCAGCAGCUGAGCCUGACCCAACAGUCCAUCGAGGCCACUCGCCACCUGCACAUCUCUCUCCUGCAGUCCCUGGACAGGGAUGCGUUCCACUACCACACCCUGGAGGAAGCCAAAGAGUACAUUAAGUGCCACAGGCCUGCACCACUGACCAUGGAGGCCGCUCUGCAAGAGGUGAAGGAAGAGCUUUGAGUACCAGCUGAUCAGGACCCACACUUCCAGACCCCGUCUAUAUAGUGGAUUUCUGUGAGGAAAAUGACUGGCAGCUGCAAGGACCUGUCUCAGGACUGUAGAAGUGGAACUCACAGCAGGAUGGAGGCUACUGGCAAGUCCAAGGGAGACAGUGGAAGCCAGGAGCUCACAAUGAACCAGGCUGUCAACAUGGAAGAUUCCAUGCUAGCACAGGAGACAGUCCAAGUGGCCCAAGCACCACUCCCCUAACACACUGUCUCCUUACUCAGCCUGCAUACAUUUCUGACCUACACACUCAGAGGCGACAAUCUUUUUUUUUUUUUUUAAAAAAGGGCUUUAUUUGAAGGCAAAACAGUAAAACCCACAAGAAAUUGUUAACAGCACACAUGUGUUUAUCUUGAAUCAGACACAUCUGAACAAGACACAGAUAUGGGAAAUCUAGAACAAAAUUGAGUAUUUUGUCACAUGGGGUUGAAAAAUUGUAUAGAGGACUUUGCAUUUUA